AUGGAACAAUGGAAAUACAUUGGAGAAAUUGGCUCUAUAGCCAGUCUUCCAUGGGUAAUCAUAGGUGAUCUCAAUAUUACUAUGCAUGCCCAUGAAAGAUCUACUUUCUCGACUCCCACUACUGUAGAGUAUCCUGAAAUUCAGUCAAUCAUAGAUCAUGCUGAUCUUUCUGAUUUAGGAUACAUUGGAAAUAAAUUUACUUGGAACAAUAGACAGUCUGGCAAUGAUUGUAUUUAUGCUAGACUAGAUAGGGCUCUUGGUAAUGAUCACUGGUUAACUCAUUAUGGUUCCUCUGUUGUCCACCAUAUUGACACUAUAGGCAGUGAUCAUAUACCAAUUAUCUUGGAGACUAAUCCCAUGUCUAGCCAAGGUAGUAAACCCUAUAGAUAUUUCAAGUGUUGGAGUAGUGAUCCAUCUGUUAGAGAAGUAAUUAAUAAUGCUUACUCUACAGAUGUUAGAGGCUCUUCUCCAUUCAGAUUAACUAACAAACUUAGGUUUGUUAAACAUGAUCUAAAACUCUGGAAUAUCCAACAUUUUGGCAAUAUUGAUCAUAAGGUUAGUACUUUUAAUAAUCAACUCAAUGAUCUGACAAAUCUUCCUCAUUCCUCUGAGAAUAUGAAAUUGAUUAAACAAGUAGAGUUUGAUCUAGAGCACUGGCAAAAAGUUCAAGAAGACUUCUAUGCUAAGAAAUCUAGACAAGAGUACUUUAAAUCUUUUGAUAGAAAUACUGGAUUUUACCAUAAUUACGCCAAUAGAAGGAAGCACUUUAACCAUAUUAGUGCUCUGAAAUUGUAUAAUGGGCAGUGGGUUAAUGAUAGAGUUAAUCUUGAAACCCUAUUGGUAAAUCAUUUCAGUUCGAUAGGGACUACUUCUAAUCCUUAUAGAAAUACUGAAAUUCUUAAUUGCAUAGACCCUUGCAUCUCAGAUAUUGAUAACUUUUCCUUGCUUAGACCUGUUACUAAGCAGGAAAUUAUUGAUACAAUAAACCAAAUGACCCCCUGGACUGCCCCAGGGCCCGAUGGUUUUCCACCUGGGUUUUAUAAAUAA